AUGGCAAUUAUUGGUGGUGAAGAGAAGAAUUGGAAUCGAUUUGGUUUCCUUGUUAAAGUAUUUUCUCGUGAGGUAUCAUCAAACAUUGUUACCAGUUGUACCGGAACCAUCAUUUCUACUCAACUGAUAUUGACUUCAUCACAUUGCUUGUUGAAUGCAACAACUGGAAGAAGGCUAUCCGAAUUCGUAGUUACUGUACAGUCAUUGAAACGACCUAAAACUUUAGCAGCUGAAGUGGUGGAAAUUGGACAAACCUGGGGAAUAUUGAAAAUUCCCGAAAUGGCAUUAUCAACACUUUGUCCACCAGUACCAGCACCAAAACAUGUCGCUCAGUUAAAUGUUCGACCAUCAUUGCUGCAGUCUUCAAUUAUAAAUUUUGAUGUUUUGAAAUUGAAAAAGAAAAAAUGUUGGAUUGUUGGAUUUACAACUACAAAUAACGCAACUGAAUUCAUCAAGCAAGAUCAAAUUCAAUUAAUUAACAUUCAUUCGAUCAAUCCUGUAAAAGAUAAGCCUAAUUAUUUUUGGUCACCCAUUAUUGUUAAUGAGACUGCGUGUUGGGAUGAUGCUGGUGCAGCUCUAUUUUGCUCCACAAGAAAUUGGGGACAUAUGUUAGUUGGUAUAUUUCAACAUUUGAUAGCAACAAAGAAACCGAGCAAUCCACAGAAAGAAGAUGAAAAAAUGGAUAUGAUGGAUAGUUGCAAUCGUGCAACUGAAAUUCGUUUCUCAAAAACGACCAAUGAGCAAAAAAUUUUUGAAACUAUUCAAAAAUUUGAUCUUGCUGCAUUUGUUAGCAUAUAUCAAAAUUGCUUCCGUGAAAUUCCGUACAAUUUGACACCCGGAAAAUAA